AUGCCAGAUACCAAGAAUAUCGAGGCUGCUGUACUCCUGUGCAAGGACGAGUCAAAAGUCCUUGGUUUGUCUUUUGGUACGCAGAAAGUCACUCCAGGACAACAUGUUCCCAAAGCAGGCAAAUUCAAAAACACAACCAACGCAACAUCAGCUCCAGAGUUAAGCUUCCACGGCGCUAAAGGGACAUAUAUCGUUGUAUGCCUCGAUCCAGAUGCUCCCUUUCCAGGUUUUAGCAUCCUAGGCCCCGCACUCCACUGGAUCCAAUCAGGUCUCAAGCCCGAAAACACUGCCGAUGGAAUCGUAAAAUUAUUAGAAGGUGAAACACCAUUCAUCGUGGAUUACGCAGGGCCAGGCCCACCACCACCUAGCAGCCCUCAUCGCUACGUCUUCAUACUGUAUGAACAACCUGAGGACUUUGACAUUGCCAAGUUUGCUUCGCCGGGUGGGAAGAAGGUUGGGAUUAGGCCGAGGAUCAGGUAUGAUUUGAAGGUGUUUGAGAAGGAGGCGAAGCUGGGGCCGGUUGUGGCGAGUAGUUACUUUUUCAGCAAGUAG